AAAAAAAAUCACAGCCACCACCACAACAUGAUCAUCACCCAGCUGCCCAAACUCACUGGAUCAAAAACAACAGCGUUCAACAUUUCACACCGAAUCUGAGGUGUGAUCUCGGUGUAUGUUCGGGUAGGGUGUUGUAACUCUGUUUUUAAGCCGUCAGGGAGUGGAUCUGUCUCGGACGCCAUCUUUAGCAGCAGCAGCCGCCCGGGAGGGUGAAGAUCUGCGGGGCCACCGUCAACCAACACCGGCCUGGAGGAGUUUCUACACCGAACACUCAUGCUUGACAGAGACCGAUAAAUUGUUUUGGGACUGAUUCGGGGUCGAUAGGUGUGUUUCUGUCUUCUGGGUUUGUUGUUGUGGUUGGAGGAGUUUUGCUCGGGCUGGCUGCUCAUUCUGGCCUGUUGGAAGGGUGUUGGUCCAUAUGAGGCCGCUGUCUUGCAGAUGAGCCAUCAGUGGGGGCUGUCACGUAGCAGACCCAGAUAGUGACUGGCGGCUGCUGCUCAGGCCCCGCCCCCUCCCAGCAUGCCUAACGCUGUUCGUGCGGGGAGUCUGAAGGACCCCGAGAUUGCUGAGCUCUUCUUUAAAGAGGACCCGGAAAAGCUCUUCUCAGACCUGAGGGAGAUCGGUCAUGGCAGCUUCGGCGCUGUAUACUUUGCACGGGAUGUGCGGACCUCAGAGGUGGUGGCCAUCAAGAAAAUGUCAUACAGUGGGAAACAGUCCAAUGAGAAAUGGCAAGAUAUAAUAAAGGAGGUGAAAUUCCUUCAGAGGAUAAAGCACCCAAACAGUAUAGAGUAUAAAGGAUGCUACCUGCGAGAGCACACAGCAUGGCUGGUUAUGGAGUACUGUCUGGGGUCCGCUUCAGAUCUCCUAGAGGUACACAAGAAACCUUUACAAGAGAUGGAGAUAGCAGCGAUUACUCAUGGUGCUUUGCUGGGGUUGGCGUACCUCCACUCCCACAACAUGAUUCACAGGGAUAUCAAGGCUGGAAACAUCCUGCUCACAGAGCCUGGACAGGUGAAGCUUGCAGACUUCGGUUCUGCUUCCAUUGCCUCUCCUGCCAAUUCUUUUGUGGGGACUCCUUAUUGGAUGGCACCAGAGGUGAUCCUGGCUAUGGAUGAGGGCCAGUAUGAUGGAAAGGUUGACAUCUGGUCUCUAGGAAUAACCUGUAUUGAAUUAGCUGAAAGGAAACCUCCGCUGUUUAACAUGAAUGCAAUGAGUGCCUUAUACCACAUUGCACAGAACGAGAGUCCAACCCUGCAGUUCAGUGAAUGGACGGACUACUUCAGAAACUUUGUGGACUCGUGCUUACAAAAGUUGCCCCAUGACAGGCCCAACUCUGAGGAACUGCUGAAGCAUGCAUUUGUCCAGCGCGAGCGGCCAGAGUCGGUGCUUAUUGACCUGAUCCAGCGCACCAAAGAUGCAGUGAGAGAGCUGGACAACCUGCAGUACCGCAAGAUGAAAAAGCUCCUGUUCCACGAGGCCCACAAUGGCCCUGCAAUAGAGGUUCCAGACGACGAGGAGGAGGUGGAGCACAGUGUUGGCCAUACAGGCACAGUGAACAGUGUGGGUAGUAAUCAGUCCAUCCCUAGUAUGUCCAUCAGUGCCAGCUCACAGAGCAGCUCAGUCAACAGUCUGCCUGACGCCACAGACGCCACUGACGACAACAAGAGCGAAGUGGAUCUCAUGGAGAAAGACCAAACCAUCAUACCUAACAGCUCCAUGAUUCAUGUCAAACCGGAGGAAGAAAGGUAUCCAGAAGACACAGAAGCUCAAAGACAGCCAUCAGAACCCCAGUCUCCCCCAGCACAGACACCGCGGCGUCAAUACCGGAACCGAGAGCACUUUGCCACCAUCCGCACAGCCUCCCUGGUUACUCGUCAGAUUCAGGAGCAUGAGCAGGACUCUGAGGUGCGAGAGCAGAUGUCUGGAUACAAACGUAUGCGCAGACAGCACCAGAAACACCUUCUGGCCCUGGAGAACAAGCUGAAGGGUGAGAUGGACGAGCACAGACUCAAACUGGACAAGGAAAUGGAGAACCAGAGGAACAGCUUUGCUGCAGAGAUGGACAAACUCAUUAAGAAGCACCAAGCAACCAUGGAUAAAGAUGCCAAGACUUUUACCAACGAUGAGAAGAAGUUCCUGCAGCACAUUCAGAGCCAGCAAAAGAAGGAGCUCAACAGCUUUGUGGAGUCUCAGAAACGCGAGUACAAACUGCGCAAAGAGCAACUCAAAGAGGAACUGAAUGAGAACCAGUCCACACCAAAGAAGGAGAAGCAGGAGUGGCUGUCCAAGCAGAAAGAGAACUUCCAGCACUUUCAGGCAGAGGAGGAGGCCAACCUUCUCCGCCGGCAGAGACAGUACCUGGAGCUCGAGUGCCGCAGGUUCAAACGACGUAUCCUCCUCGCACGUCACAAUGUGGAGCAAGAUCUUAUGAGAGAGGAGCUGAACAAGCGUCAGACGCAGAAGGAUCUGGAGCAUGCCAUGCUGCUUCGACACCACGAGUCCAUGCAGGAGCUGGAAUUCAGACACCUGAGCAACAUCCAGAAGAUGCGUGCAGAGCAAAUCCGCCUGCAGCACCAGACCGAGCUCACCAACCAGCUGGAGUACAACAAGCGCAGGGAGAGGGAGCUCAGACGCAAACACGUCAUGGAGGUCCGACAGCAGCCCAAGAGCCUCAAGUCCAAAGAGCUUCAGAUCAAGAAACAGUUUCAGGAUACUUGUAAGAUCCAGACCCGACAGUACAAAGCUCUGCGGAACCACCUGCUGGAGAGCACACCAAAACCUGACCACAAGACCAUGCUGAAGAGACUGAAGGAGGAACAGACAAGAAAACUAGCCAUCCUCGCCGAGCAGUACGACCACACCAUCAACAACAUGCUGUCCACACAGGCAUUGCGUCUGGAUGAGGCACAGGAGGCCGAGUGUCAGGUGCUACGAAUGCAGCUGCAGCAGGAGUUGGAGCUGUUGAAUGCAUAUCAGAGUAAGAUAAAGAUGCAGACGGAUGCACAGCAGGAGCGAGAGAGGAAGGAGCUGGAGCAGAGAGUGUCCCUAAGGAGAGCCCUGCUGGAGACCAAGAUUGAAGAGGAGAUGCUGACCUUGCAGAAUGAACGCACAGAGAGGAUCCGCAGCUUGCUGGAGCGUCAGGCCCGAGAGAUCGAGACCUUUGACUCUGAGAGCAUGCGCUUGGGCUUCAGCAACAUGGUGUUGGCUAAUAUCUCUCCUGAGGGCCUCAGCCACAGCUUUCCUGGGGCCCCGGGCAGCUGGAUCCCUCAUCAGCACCACUCCGAUAGCUCUCAGGGCGCACAAUGGGGCAGCAGCACUGGUUCAGGAUCCAUUCACCACUACAACUCCAGUCAGGGAGGAUCACAGGUGCAGCAAGGCUGGGGUCAAGCCAUCCCAGGAGGUGGACUUCCACCAUGGGGCCACUCCUCCUCAGGCCCUCCAGGGGCUAUGCCAAAAAGCAGCGUGGGGAUGCGUAACAGCCCCCAGGUGCUUAGGAGGACCACCUCAGGGGGGCGCACUGAGCAGGGCAUGAGUAGGAGCACCAGCAUCACAUCUCAGAUAUCCAACGGUUCACACCUGUCCUUUACAUAGACACCAGUGCGUUUGUGCCAACCCUGCACACACAAACAAACACACACAGGGUAGGAGAAUGCACUGGCCCAGACUAAAGAGUGGCACAGAGAGCAGAACUAACUGCACUUGUCUAUCUCUCCUCCCACUCUUCUUUUUUCUUCUCUCUAUCUCUUACUUCCCCUUUUCUCUCUUACUUGCAGAUAUUUAAACUAUAGUAAAUAUUGCUCAGGUCAAAAGGUAGUCUAACUUUGCAUGAAACUUUUUUGACAACCAUGCAGAGCUAGAGUCAAAAACACUAGUCUGAUCAUUCAAAGCUCACUUGAGGAGAUUUAUGUAGUGCUAAUAUUAUAGAUAUAAAUAUAAAAUAGAUGUUUAUUUAGCUUUAGUCCGCUUAAUGUGUGGAUUCAUAAACCAAACUGAUGGAAAAGUUGGCCAUAAUUUUCAAUAUUUGCAAAUAAAUGAAAUACUAGAUGUUUAUGUAAGAAUGCAAGGGAAAUGGAUAUCUAGACACAGUUACAAACACUCCUGAACUAUCAGCCUGCUGUCAUGCUCUAGGAAAAAGAACAGUUCAGGGUUUUAAAAAAGAAAGAAAUCAAGAUGACUUGUGUGCAGUGUAUGUAAUGUGGUCUGUGUUAGGAAGAGAGUCAGCCGAGUAAAUGUUUUUAAGUAUUUAAUGUAUUUAAUUUGUCAGAUUUUAAAUUUGGUUGAUUUAAUUGCAGUAAGGAUCUCAACCUUAGCCUACAUUUAAGCACUGUAUUUUCCCCCCAGAAUUUUCUAUCGACUCAAAAUAAAUUGUAUUCUGGUGGGUUUUUUUUUUUUUUUUUUUUGUGAAAAAAACAAACUUGACCUUAUAGACCUUUUGGUUACAUGUUUAUUGGGCCGUUAAAGAUCAAUGGGGUUGUGUUGCCCAAGCAGUGUGUCUUUUGCAGAGUUUAGCAAGCAAGCACUGAUCUGCUCAUAUCUGCAGCAUUCUUUGCUAUUUUUAGUCUGUACUUGAAUUAAAGGAAUAGUUCACCCAAAAAUGAACAUUCUCUCAUCAUAUACUCACCCUCAUGCCAUCCCAGGUGUGUAUGAAUUUUUCUUCUGCUGAACACAAACAAAUAUCUCAUUAGAAGAAUAUCUCAGUUCUGUAGGUCCUCACAAUGCAAGUGAAUGGUGGCCAGAAAUUUGAAGCACCAAAAAUUACAAAGGUAGCAUAAAAGUAAUCCAUACGACUCCAGUGGUUAAAUCUAUGUAAGGAGAUAUAAUAUUUUUAAUUAAUUUUUUACUAUAAAUCUUUCACUUUCAGAAUGUGAAAAGGGACUUAAAUAUUGUUCUGUUUCUCACCCACACUUAUCAUAAUACUUCUGAAGAUAUGGAUUAAACCACUGGAGUCAUAUGGAUUACUUUUAUGCUGCCUUUAUGUGCUUCUUGGACCUUCAAAGUUGGCCACCAUUCAUUUACAUUUACAUUUAUUCAUUUGGCAGACGCUUUUAUCCAAAGCGACUUACAAAAGAGGAAAACAUAAGUGAAUCAUCUUAAGGAGACAGUGGUAUGAAAAGUGCUGUAUUACAAAGUUUCACUAGCAUCAUAAUAGUAUUCAUGCAUUGUAUGGACCUACAGAGCUGAAAUAUUCUUCUAAAAAUCUUUGUGUGCAGCAGAAGAAAGAAAGUGAUACACAUCUGGAAUUGCAUGAGAGUGAGUAAAUGAUGAAUUUUCAUUUUUGGGUGAAAAAUUACUUUAAGCAACAUGGUUUUAGACAGGAAGUCUUUCUUUAUUCUUCUCAGCCUUUGAUAUUCAAUUUAUUUUAUUAUGUAAGCUAGAUUUCAUCUGGGUUGUGUGUCCAGACAUAUGAUAUAACAAAAAAGGCAGUAUAUUUUACGUAUAUAUUCUUUACAUAAAAUAUGUAAGGGUUAUAUGUUUUAGGUAAGCAGUGUCACUACAAAACUAAAGAGCUAAAGGAUGUCAGAUGUGUGUUCAGUGCCUUCAAUGUGUUAGUUUGAAUAUUUAGUAUAGAUAUGCCAAGAUAUGUUUUAAUGUACCUGAAGAAAAAAAAACAGUCCCACAUUUAGAUUUAUCUAAUAUGAAUCCCCUGUCACGACAGGAUGUAAAUAAUCAAAAAUAGAGACUGAUAUAUCAUACUAGAACAAGGAGAGUGUGUGCUUGCCUCCUACAUGCAUUUAGUGUGUGAUAUGCUUAUAUUUUCCCACAAUGUAAUACACUUAUGUUAAUAUACUUUUGAGGUGCCUUUUAAUAUCUGCAAAGCAGAAGCACUUUAUGUAGAGUGUCAUAUUUUGAGGGAUAUUUUUACAAAGGUUUAUAACUAUGGAAAUGACCGAUGCAGUGUGUGAUGGCGCUUGGUGAGUGACUGAGCUGGAGUUCUCCAGAAUAUUUGUUGUUCAGGGUUCAGUCUAUUAAAAGAGAUAAAUUCAAUUCAAAGUGCUUAAUUGGCAUGACAAAAUAGUUUUGUAUUGCCAAAGCAAUUACAUAGGAAAAAAAAAAGAACAAGAAUAACAGAAAAGGACUAGAACAUGAAAACAGUAAUAACUAUGACCCCGUUUCCACCUGGUCACUUAAAUGCAUGUACUGUAACCACUUGUUCGGAUUUGGAGGGGAGGGUUUCAUGAUGACUUAAUCACUAUGUCAGUGUGUUACUGCAUGGUAAUAAAGUGCAACAAAUUCAGAAAAGAAAACUCCCAGAUUCGGUUGAAAUUUAAUCCAAAUGCAACAUGUCAAGCAGAAUUAUCCGUUAUUUUAGUGGAUUACCUGUAUUAAAGGAGCUUCAGGUGUUCGUGCUCGUCAUCUGUGUUGAUAUCAGACAUGUAAGAAUAUCCGUGAAGCUCUCAUAAUUGUGUAUGCAUCCGCUUAUUUAAAUUUUCUGAUCGGAUGGUUAUUUCCUUUUAAAACCGCUCAUAAACGGCAAAGUUUAAACUCUUGUCUUAGCGCAACCGUUGAUUGACAGGUGAGGGGUGGUACUUCACUGCUGUCGGGAUGCAUACAGGACAGAUUAGCGUUUACACCUCAAAUGCGAUGUGGUCACGUGCGUUUUUGACCACAUUCGUAUGUGGUUUUUGUGAUCCGAUCACAAAACGUUUUAGACCAUGUUUAGAUCUGUAUUUAGGGCUGACCACGUGAUCGGAUCACCCGAAACACAUCUUAAUACCAGGUGGAAGUGGAGUCUAUAAAGAAAUAAAUAUAUAAUAAUAAACAAUACACUAUUAUUGCAACAUUAUCUAUGUGAUCUCUUUCAGGAAGAGGUAGAUAUGAAAGUGUAGACUUGUUUCGGGGUCAGUGGUUUUUGGGCCGUAUCUUUAUGAUUUCUCAAAGGAAAUCAAUGAAAUGCAGAACCUGUUUGAAUGUACUUUGUCCCCCAUCGGGUUUGAGUCAUGUUUCUUUGGCACUUUGGGACUGCUAAAACUGAAGGAGCUUAAACGACUUCCUCUUUUUCUUAAGGUCAUGACAGCAGGCUUUGUUAUGGGAUUCAAAACAGGCUCCUGUGGAGCAGACAAACACUUUUAUUUGGUACUAUGACCUCCACAUUAACGUUUUGGAAACACCUAAUCAUUCUUUAUUUCUAUUUUCCACAUACAAGAAAAUAGAAAAGUCAUCUAAAGUAUGAAAUAUCAUGUGGAUGUGAUGUGAUUUUUUUUUUUUUUUUUUGUGAAUUUGGUGAACAAAAAAUGCUAAAACAUCAAAAUCUUAUAUUUUUAAUUCAUCAAAAUAGCUACCCUUGCACAGUCUGGGCAAUAUUUUAACCAGCUUCAUGAGGUAUCCACCUGGGAUGCUCUUAAAAUAGCAUUGAACGAGUCAACAACACACUUUAGUCAAGUACCAAACUUUUUAAUGGAAGUGAAGGUUUAUGAAGUGCGGUAGAUGUAUUUUAAUAACUCAAUAGCUGCCCCAAAGAUUUAACAGCCAAAAGAUGUAAUUAUAUUAUAUAUUAUAGUUGGCUGGUUAAAGCGACUGAGAAGACCAAGCACAUUAGUGGAAUUUCCUCUUUAACUGACAGGGAAUCCUUUGAUCUCUUUAUCCCUGCUCUCUGUCUGUCCUCUGCGCCAACCGUACCACAGGUGUCAGUGCCCAGUGUUGAGAGGAUAUGAGCUGUGAUGCCGAUGCCCCUGCCUGCCCUCACUCUCCCCCACUGCUUUAUCUGCCUCUUUGCCAUCACUCCACGCCAAGCUCUGCCUGGAUCCAGCGUUUGAAAGGAUUGAUGCCUGAAUGCACUUUUUGGCGUGGGGGUAUUUUUUUCAAGCUAACUUUUCUUCCAAGUGAGUUUGUCUAGUUGGUUUUGCUUUACAACACUUUGACUCCAGGAAUCACAAACCAUUGACUUACGUUUUAACACUUCUGAGGGAGUAUGUUACCCCCCUUUUCCCUUGUGCAAUCAUUGGUGAAGACAAGUAUCUUCAGGUGGGACAUGUCUCUCCUGCUCCUUUAUGUUCCACUAUCCCAAAAGAGCUUGUGUGACUGCUGACCUAAACCCAUAUUAUCAAAUGGAUCCAGCUCUAAUGUGAAAGAGCAAGUAGAAAGUGUACCUAACUAAACUCUAGUUGUCUGGGGAGAGUGUUCAUAUUGUAUAUUUGAUUAAAAUAAAGAUUUAAAAUGCAUAGAAAUUAACAACAUUGAUGGCGGUUUUCCCUCCCAUCAAGAAACUGCAUAUAGAAAAAGUUUUAAAAGAAAAAUAUUUAGAAAUGUAACUAUUUACCUUGAGCUUUUAAAGGGAUAGUUCACCCAAAAAUGAAAAUUCUGUAAUGAGUGUCUCACUUUCAUGUUGUUCCAAACCCAUAUGAUUUACUUCUGUGGAAUACAAAAGAUGUUAGGCAGGAUGUUUGGGACUGAAAGCCUCAGUCAGCAUUCACUGUCAUUGCAUCUGUUUUCUAUACAGUAGCUCUUUUUCCACUAUCGGGCCAGUGCAAGCCAGGACUAUCAACUGGCCAGCUGGGGCCAAUAGCCUUGGACCUCGAGCCGCAAGAUCAAAAUCGAUCUACGUUCCCACCAUCGGGCCAGUAACCCCACAGUAUUGCUCUAAAACCCGCCCUUAAUAUGCUGCCCUGGUGCCAACGUCACACACCUCGCCCAUUUCACAAGCAAGAGGGAAGCUCAAGCUGAGGUUUCAUGCUAUCUAUAAUAUCGAGUUUAUAUCGAAUGUAAACAUUAGCUAGCUAGCACGAUAAAUGAGCAAUAACAACUCACCGACUGUAACUGCUAUGAUGUCCCGAGUGGUCUUUCCACCAACAGCGGGAUGAUGUCCCAGCACACCGUCUAUGAAAGUUCACCGACCCAUGGAAAGUAAUUUCUUUGGGCACCGCUUUGUCCAUUGUGCGUUUUAUUGGAUUUGUACUGUGAACGCAUUUUUUUUAAAUUAUUAUUAUUUUCCCGAACGUGUACCAUUGUGCGCUGGAUACAUAUCCUGGCAAGUUCGGCAAAACUUGGCCGUUGGCCCCAAGAAAGCCCAGAGGAAACACAAUGAAGCCCUGGAAGUGACUGUGGGAAUGCAAUUGGCCCUGGCACGAACUAGCACGCCACCAUUUGGUCCGAUAGUGGAAAUGCAGCUAAUGAAAAUGAAUGGUGACUGAGUCCAACAUUCUGCCAAGCAUCCCUUUUUUGUGUUCCAGAGACAAAGAGUGUCAGAUGGGUUUGGACGUGAGGGUGAGUAAAUGAUAAAAUAAUUUGAAUUUUUUGGUUAAUUAUGCCUUUAAGGGUUUUUUGGCUUGUGUACAAUGAGACUCACUCUGGGACCUCAGAGUUGAACUUCAGGGAGUAGUGCGUGUUUACAUGUCACCUCUGCACACUUUCUGUUUUCCAUUUGUAUUUGAACAUUUGUCUGUUGAUCACAGGAAAGCUUCUGCACAUGCCAUGGUCCACUGUAUUCUCAAACGCCUUUAUUCUGAACCCUACAUUCAUGUGAAUGUCAGAAGGUGCAGUAUCAUCCAGUGUAUGUGUAUAUAUAUAUAUAUAUAUGUAUAUAUAUAUAUAUAUAUAUAUAUAUAUCUAUCCUACCAUGACUUCAGUUUAAAGGCACAAAUGUGCAAAACAGAGCUGUUAAAGGAUACAGUCAAUUUUUUCUAUUUCAUUCCUCUCAUUGGUCUACAUUUUGAUAUCAAGGUAAACCUUUUGUUUUUAACCAAGAAACGAUCAGUUUAGUCCAAUUAUUAUGUUUUUUAAUCAUUGCUGUUGUUUAUAAGAAUACAUUUUGGGUGAGGGCUGUUUGAAUUAGGUUGGCAUUAAUCAUAAUUGUGAUAACCGUUUAUUUGUCAUCCCUGCCACCAAUAUAGAUUUAAACAUAUUUUUUAUCCUAGUUUUAAACUCUUGUCCUACUGACUGAAUUAGGGGAUAUGUAAGUAAUACUGAUAUAUGAGAAAUACUAGUUUGAAACGCAAAUGUUAUUUCUAAUGGAGGUUUAACCUCUUGUCAAACACUGUGCCAUCCCACAGCUGCCAAGCCCGGUCACUACUGCAUUGUCUCCUCUCCAGAGAAACCCCAUUGACAGGCUAUAAAGGAGUGGUGAUUAUUUUAGUUCUACUGGGCCUGAACACUCCUAUCGCCAACACUACAAACAAAUGAAAUGGGGAGCGAUAGAGAGGGGCUGGUCAAAGGGGAAGGGCUACAUUUCUGUAAGGAACAUAAGUAUUAAUUUGCUGUGUUCGAAAUUGCAUACUAACAUACAGCAUACUGAAUUCUUUUAAAAAAAAUAGUACUAGUAGUAUGAUAGUAUGCCAUUUCCAACACACCCAUUGUCUUCUGGCUCAGCAUCACCACUAUAACUCAUAUGUAACCUGUAUCAAAAUGUAUAGAUUGUGUAUCAUGUUACUGAAUGUCUAAAAAGAUUAUACAAAAAGUUUAAAAAUACAGAAUAAAUGGCUUGAAAUUGUAUUAAAGUAUUCCUGAAUCAGAGAAAACAAGCUAAGGAUAAAUUAACUUUUUUUCUGUAAUUACUAUUGUGUUGAUGGAGGAACACUGGUCAGAGGAUCCGCUGUAAUAAAAUUAAAUUUAGUACA